UAGGUAAAAAAAUAAUAGAGACAGGCGAAAUGCGCACCUGCUGUUUGGCAAUCGGUCUGUCUACUGUCACGCGCCACUAUGAUAACGUCGUAUUAUCAACGGAAAGUUGUUUUCAUUCCGUGUUCUACCUGUAAUAAUAUCAUGUUUAUUUUAUUAAAUUAAUUUGUUCAAAUUUAAUUGAGGUAUUGGAUGUUCUUCAGUCUAAUGUAGUUUCGUUUCCACUAAUCAGCUAUUAUUGUUUAUUCUGUGUUAACUCUUUAGUGCUCAUGGUGUAAACAAACGGACUAUGACGUUUGCAUAGACUUUGUAGAAAUGUCGUUAGAAGCCUAUAAUAAUUGUGCUACCAGAGACAACCUGUUGCCGUUUUAAGAUAUUUACCAAAUAUCUUCUGUUUGGGUAAACUAAAGCACAAUAUUUCUGUUAAUUUCAAAGUGAUCGAAUUCUAUUUUUGCUUUUAUUUCAGCACAACACAAUGGUGGGCUGUUGUGGAUUCGAUAAGGACGCUCCCGAUGAGCCCGGACGAGUAAGGGUCAGAGGAUGUACGGAUGUUAUAUGGCUGUGCGUCUUUUUAUUUCUAUGGUGUCUUAUGGUAGGCGAUCAUUAGUAAUCAGUAUUUUUUGAAUUGUAUGUGUCACUAUUUUAUUAUGUUCCCUCUAUUAGAUAUUUAUAGCUGUGUUUGCGUUUGUCUACGGCGAUCCCCUACGUCUAAUCAACGGCCACGAUAGUUUCGGCAAUACUUGUGGUGUAUCCGAUAAUUCCCAAAUGGGAGAACUUUCUGGUUUAGAUACAACAGACAAAAUGUAAAUUUUAUACCUAAAUACUACCUUAUAAAUUUAUAAAUCGAUCAUGUGUAUUUAUUGAUUAUAUUUAGGUUUUUAUUCUAUUUGGAUCCAAUCAACAUUCAAUAUAGUUUGCAAAUAUGUGUUAAAGAAUGUCCUGAUAGUAAUUUAUUAAUUUUAGACGAUCUUCAGAAGUUUUAUAAUCGAACACAAUCCUCACUUUGCAGGUAAUAUCUUUCAAAUUAUUUGCAAGUUUUUAUUUUUCAGCUUAUUCUAUUAAUAUAUAAUUUAUUGUCAUAGCUACAAUUUUGAUUUUAACCUAGUCACCGAUGAUGUUGCAAAAAACUUUACGAAUUUCACUACAUCUUUGGGUCCUUGUCCUCCAUUUCCAAUUUAUAAAAGUCAACACGUAAUGAACAGGUGUGUUCCCCAAGAAGUAAACAAUGAGACAUUACCUCUGAUUUAUAAUAUAUACAGUAUGAUGAACAAUUGGGACUUCACUGAAGAAAUAUUAAACGAUUUAUAUAAAACUUGGCCUCAAAUGUUAUUCUAUACCAUAUUAGCAUUUGGUAAGAAUUUUAUGCAGUUGAGUUUGUCAGUUAAUUUUAUUAAUGUCGUAUAUUUUCACUUUGUUUACAGUAUUGACAUUUAUCAUCAUAUUUUUAAUACAUUUCCUUACAAAAAUUAUCGCCUAUAUAUUAUUAAUUGCUGUUAGCUUGAUGGUACUAGGUAGGUAAUAUAUACAAUUUUAAAUAUAUCUAAUUACUUUUUUGUCUAUUUUAAACAAAUUAAUAUAUUUCUGUUAAUAUUUUUUUAGUAAAUGUAAUUCUUCUUUGGUGGGAAUAUUUUACUUUGAAAACACGUCUAGAUAAUACUAUUGAAGAACAAAUAUUAAGUGCUGAUGCUUGCAACGAACAUGCAUUUUUAUUACUAGCCAUCAUUUUUACAUUAUUUUCAGUAAAUAUUACAUUCAAUUGUUUGUUUCCAAUAUUUCAUACUUCUAAAUUGUUUGUAUAACAGGUAAUUGUACUUUUGUUGGUGUUGGCUAUGCGGAAACGAUUACAUUUCUUGUCUACUUUAUUUCAUGAGUCAGCUGAUUGUUUAUCCAAAAUCCCAGCUUUAUACUGGCAACCUUUAGGUACAUUUGUUGUACUGCUUAGUUUUUAUGCAUUUUGGACUUCAGUGAUUCUACAUUUAGCCACUGCAAGUGAGUUUAAAUAAAUUAUUUUUUUUCAUUUUUUGUUUUAAAUGUUCUAUUUAUAUAAAAGUUAAAUAUUACAGACUACCCAGGUACAAGAUCAUUAAAAUUUUUAACUCACAACAAUACUGAUGUAGUUAUUCAUGAGGCACUUGAGAAAAACAUGACAUUUGUUAAUGGUAAGUUUUUUCAAUGUUUUAAAUUAUAUCAUUGGAUUCUGAAUGUUGAAGUAUUGUGUUUUAGCUGGGUUGACAGCAGUAGAGUUUAAAGAUGCUACUUGGGUACGUUAUAUGUGGUGGGUGUAUAUAAUUGGCUUAAUAUGGUCAUCUGAAUUUGUAUUGGCAUGUCAGCAUAUGAUUAUUUCAGGUGCAGUAGCAAAAUGGUAUUUCACUAAGUAUGUAUUCCAUAAUAUAUGUUUUAAUGUAACUUAUUUGAUAACACAAUAUUUUUUUAGUGGAAAGAAUAAAAAAUCUGUUGUUCUUUCUUCAAUGUAUAAUCUUGCAUUUUACCAUUUGGGCUCUAUAGCCCUAGGAUCUCUAUUGAUUAUUUUGUUCAAAAUUCCAAGACUCCUAUUGACAACAUGCCAUUAUAAGUACUAGAAUUUAUUUUUCUUUUUAAAUUAUAUUAAUUUGUAUUUGAAUAGUAAUUUUAUUUUGUAGAAUAAUUUGUUUUCUAGGAACAAUACAACAUCAACAGACAAUCAAUGUAUAAAAAAGUCAUGUGCCUGUUGUAGAUAUUCAUUUGACAAUUUUUUCAAGUAUAUUAAUCACAACGCAUAUACUAUAGUAUCAAUGGAAGGCAUUGGAUUUUGUUUAGCCGCAUCAAGGGUAUAUUAUUUAUCAAUGUUUGUUUUCUACUGAAAAUGUUCAAUUAUUUAUGUUUCAGGCAUGGCAUGUUAUAGUCGGAAAUGCUUUGAGAUUGGUUGCCAUAAAUAGUAUUGGUGACUUCAUAUUAUUCCUGGCUAAGUGUUUGGUUACUUUGAUCAUUGGAUCUGCAGCUUUAUUCACUUUGCGAUCCAAAUCCGAACUGCAUUUCCAUGCUAUACCAACUAUCAUUAUAUGUAUAUUUGCUUUUUUUAUUGCUCACUGUGUAAUUUCAUUACAUGAGGUAAUUCAUUGUGAAAAUAACAUAUUUAAUUUUCUAUAGGUACCUUUAAAUAAUUAUUGUCACUAUGUCACAUUGUUGUAAUUAUAAUGAAAUAGAAGAUAAGAAAUUACCAUGUUGAGUAUGAUUCCUUAUUGCAUAACGUGUUAUUCUAUUGAAAAUUAAUUGUUUUCACGCCAAUUUUCUAGAAAUUAAAACGACUAUUACUGAGAAUCUAUUGAUUGGAUAUGAAUGUAUGAUACAUUAAAUUUUUUAGAAUAAUAUCUUUUACAAAAUGGCUAUUUUGAAAAUUUUCUAAAGUGAAAAUAAAGUUAUCUUUUUUUCAAUAAUUAAGGGAUGAAAAUAAAAAUUUAAUUUUUCUCUACAAAUGUGCCCCCCUCUCAAAACCCGAUUGAAAAAAAAUAAAAUAAAAGAAUAUUGACAGAAUAAUUAGUAGUGUAGAGAUAACACUGUAGGAUAUGAUGAGAUAAGAUAAUGGAUAAGAUGUAGUUUUUGUGUUGUUUCAUUAACUGAGAAAACGAUAAAAAAAAGUGGUUAAGAUAGUUUUGGCAUGUUGAAAGAUAAUAAUAAUGCUAAUAAGAUAGAUGAAAAGUGAAAGAGAGAUAGGGCAAAGAAAUAGUGUUUAAGGGUUAUAUGAAGGGACAUGACAUAGAUAUAAGUACAUUUAAGAAUUGGAAAAUGUACUAAUAUAAGAGUAUCUUAUCCAACUUAAGUGUGAUAAAUAUAAGGAAAAAAAAAAUGCUUUUUGUCAUAAUAUUUAAUUUGUGUGUAAUGGUAUAAACUUGAAUACAAUACAUUUAAUAUGAUUUCAUUAUUUAUAUAAAUACAAUUAACAUUAAUUUGUUUUGAUUUUUUUUUAGGUUGUAAUUGAUACAUUAUUUUUGUGUGUAUGUGAAGAUAAAAACAUUAAUGGUGAAAUGUGGCACAAGAGUCCUAUUAUAAAACUAGCCAAGCCUAAAAAACGAAUUGUAAAAAAUUCUCAAAACACAUAAAGUUACAUUUUAAUAUUUUUUCUAAGUACUUUUAAUUUUUAUUUUAUGAUAAUGUUUUUAAUAUUUAUUUCCUCUAAUUGUUUUAAAAGUGCUUAUUUUAUGUAUAUUUACAAAUCUAUUAAAUUACUUUAUUUUUUUAACACAGUGCAAUAAUUUAAUGUUUUAUUUUUAUAUUUUUGGUUAUUUUUUGUACUCGUUUGGCAUGAACGAUAGGCAUUCACAAACAAUUGUUGAAACUUGACAAUUUUAUUUAACUACUUAAACAUUUUUAAUAUAUUUGAGACAAUUUUUAUAAAUUUGUAUUUAUGUUAUUUAGAAUAUUAUUCAUUUUAAAGUUAUAGAUAAUUUGUACAAAUUAUAUUUAUAUGAAACUUAUUUUAUGUCAAUUUCUCUAUAAAAUCUGUGUUAAUAUAAUAUUAACAUAAUAUUAAGCUAUUCACUUAUUGGCUAAUCAAUGAAAUAAUGUAUUUGUGUAUUACCAUUAUAUAAGAAUUAUUUUACUUAAAAUUUUCAGACAGCUCAAGUGAAAAUAAUACAAUUAUGUUUGAAUAUCUAAUAUUGGUAUUUUUUUGUUUAAAAUAAUAUUAUUAAUAUAAAAAAUAUUAAUAAAUGCUAUUGUAAUAAUGAUUAGCUAAUGGUUUAUAAUUAUUUUUAUGAUUUCACAGAUUGACUUAGAAAAUAAUGUUAGAGGUACUAUGCUUUCCACAGACAAAAAUUGGCAAUCAUAUUUGUCUAAUCUCUAUCAUUUACAUCUUUUAUAACUAAAAAUGUAGCCCUAGAAAUAUUAUAAGCACUAAAAAUGUACAAUAUAUGAAUAAAAG